AUGGAGGUUUCCACUGUGCCUUGCACGCUCUGCAGAAAGCGGCGGGUCAAAUGCGAUAAACGACUACCCGGCUGUGCGCGCUGUGAAAAGUCGUCCCGGUCGUGUCCUGGCUACAAUCAUCUUCGAAAGUUUCUCGAUGAGAGCCAGAACCUCCGGAAGAAGUUCUCUUCAGCCAAUGCCAGCCCGCAAGGAAGCGGCUCUGUCGACUCUAUAAAGGUACCUCUGGCAGCUCAGGCUUCAUCUUCAGUGCCGUCAUUCUCUGCCUCACUAGACUCGGCUCCAUUGCCCACGACAAUCCCAAACAGCACUGAGGCUACUCGCAACCAGCCUCAGCCUGAGUCACCAGUUCAACCUCUCACCCAACCCGGAGCCCAGGCCGAGACUCAAGCCAAGGCUCCAGACAAUGUUUUGCAUGACAUUGGCCUGGGGAGGCCCAACCAUGACGGCCUGUCUGCUAACCAAGAGUUUACUGAUGCGCCCUUCAUCUUGACUGAUAGCUUUUCGGAUGAAGACUUUGACGCCAGGUUUUUCGACAUUGACCCCAAUGAAUACUUUGCUGAGGGCAAUAACUGCUGUGGAUUUAUUCCUUCCCUCUCACUGAUAAGUGAUGCUAGUGGGUUGCAAGGGCCAUCUCUUUCUUGGCUUAGCGACGUCGACCUGGAGGGAUAUUCAACAUCCGGAUACGAUCCCGAGGCAGAUAAAUCGCAAACAUCAGAGAAGCUGGAGACAGAAGCCUCUUCGCCAAUGCCCGACUCAUCUAGUGAAGCCGACCAGGAGACCGCAUAUCUGAUAAGGUAUUUCGCGGAACGCAUUAGCCCGUGUCUGGACGUUUUUGAUAUUGAGCGAUUCUUUGGACACAUUGUUCCCAUCAAGGCUAUUCGAAGCCCACUUCUACAAAAUGCUCUGGCUGCUAUUGCGGCCAAGCAGUUUGGGAAGACGAAGCGAGAGACAUACAUGGCGAGUCAUCAGACCCCGGGCCGAUCGAUGCUGGAGCUGUACUCUAAUGCGGCCCAUGUCGAUUGGUUCUAUAAAGCGGCCAGCUUCUAUGACAAAGCUAUAGGCCAUAUGAUGAGGCUGCUGCAAACGCUGCGUGACGGCAGUCCGGCUUCAUCACCCGGGUCUACAUCUUCUAUUGAUGCAGGUCUGGGCUUGCACUCAGCAGUAUCUCCUUCGUUCAAGCGGCGGCGAGUGGAAGGUAGCCAGGGAUCUCACACUAUCGUGGAUGAUCUCCUCUCGGCAAUAUCUGUAUUCCUGCUCUAUGAGUCACUUGAUAAUCGCUUUGCAGAAGUCUCUAGACACAUGUCUGGUGCACAGUAUCUGCUCACCUACAACCUCAAACAGCUCUACGAAAGUACGGAAAUCAAUCGUCGCAACGGAACAUUCGGACUGCAUGCUCGAAGAGCUUGGCAAGCAUCUUUUUGGAACAUUGUUUGUAUCGAUUGGAUUACUUCUUACACUGAGCAGACCGCACCAGGUCUCGACGUAGAGAAUGCUGAGCUGUGGAAAGCUGCAGGUCUACCAAUCUGCGUUGUCGACGGAAUUACUAUGCCAAAUGCGCUCUGCAACAAUGGAGAUUCAGGCUUUCAGCUGCAGAUGACGGAGACAUUGGCCUGCAGAAGUCUAAUAUGGAUAAUUCUCAAGACACUGACACUCAUUGCUCUUGAAAAAAGUAGCAAUAAGACAGCAAACAAUGGCCUGCCAGAAAACGACGGCACCUGCCAGAACUCAUCUAUUGCGUCUCAUAGUUGGGAUGAUGUGUCCCAGCAUCUCGAAAACUGGUGUGCAGCGCUGCCUGAUACGUUUGAACCCUGUGCAAGAAUAGCACAGCGGUAUAACAAUAUACCCACGCCUUCAGACAACAUGGCAUCUAUGUCGGAAUUUCAAAGCGCGUUUCAAGAGUUGUUUUAUGCCAACGCCAUGUGUGCAACGGCUGCAGUUUUAUACCACUUUGUCCAACUGCUUCAUCUGCUUCACAAACCUCUAGAUCAAAAGCCUACGGAGUCACAUCUCGAGUUUGUGGCCAAACGACUCAAUGCUUAUCGUCAGCUUUCAGCGCAAAUCGAAGGGCACGCCAAUGAGAUAUGCGCAAUAUCCUUGGGCCGACCCGAUGACCCUGUUCGACAGCAUAUGGUACAGCCUUUGUAUCUGGCUGGACUGUGCUUCGAGACUCACGAGCAGAGGACAGCAUUAGCUCAACUCCUCGCUUCCAUACAGCGAGAAACGGGUUACUCAACAGCAGAGAGAGUUGCGAAACUACAACAGCAUUGGGGGUGGGACAAUACUCCUCCAGCACUUGAUGUGUUGUAA